AUGCUAGUAGAGAAACAGAAGUCGCAUUCUACAUAUUACCGUGCUUCCCUCGCUCAGAACAUCGCUAAGAACGGUUUUGUCGUUAUGCCUUGUUCUUGGUGCGCGUCUCAAGGCCUUGUUUGCAAAAUGAUCGCGCGUACAAAGCGUUGCGAGGCCUAUGUUCGUCGAGGUCGUUCUUACGAUAGCUCUAGCAUCCCGCUUUCUUCCUAUAAGCUCCGUCGUAUCAAGGAUGCUAAACGUCGUGCCGAACUUAAGCUAGAUGAAUCCUAACGCUGUCUAGAAGAAGCCUAGCGCGAGUUAUCCGAAAAGCUUACGCGGCUCUGGCAUCUUUGUUAGCAGAAGGAGUUUUUGGUAGAGAAAGGUACCGAUAUGGUGGCGCGUGGUCUGUCGACCUUAGACGAGUUAGAGGUAGUUGAACGGCAAGAACGGCAAGAGGUGCCUGCUAUGCCCUCGUCAGAGAUUAAUGACGCUGCUGAUACUAUCGACUAGGGCAUCGUCUUUGGUUCCGUCCUAGGUUUCCCUUUAGUCAAUCCGGAUUCUGCCGGUGGAACUGUUCUAGUUUCUUAGGGUAAUUUAGGUUCUUAACUAGUUCCUAUAAGUUAUCUUCUAGUCUAAAAUCAAGCUAUUUGACUAGGU